AUGGGCUCUAUUAUGAAUGACCAACUACUUCCUGAGCUUACGGCUUUGGAGCGUAUCGGACCGAAGGGCUAUCUUCGUUAUAUCUUCCCUUUUCAGCUUCAAGAGGACUAUGAUUUGGACGAAGUCGUCCGAGUUCUUCAGGCCGGGUAUCAAUCUCUCACACAACGAAUCCCCGAGGUCGGGUGCGAGGCCGUUCCUGAUGGCAAUUCGAAGCAAAGGGGUGUUCUGAAGCUCCAGAGACAGACCAAUGACAACGUAGCGCGCAUCGUGGUCAAGGACCUGCGUGAGUCUUAUGAGCCUGAUUACGCCGAAUUGAAAGACAAAUCUUUCCCGGUGGCUUCCUUCGAUGCCGAUACGUUCUGUGGCCAUUCUGUCUGGCCUUCAGCUGGAGAGCGACUGCCAGUUUCAGUCGUGCAGGCCAAUUUUAUCCGUGGAGGGUUGAUCUUAUCAUGGUGCAUCCUUCAUAUGGUGGGGGAUGGCACGACAUUCUAUACCUGGACGAGCAUUUGGGCAGAGGAGUCUCGCCGGGCACAGGGACUGAAAAUCCCGGAUCCCAUCCAGCUUCCAGAGGCCAUUUGGGCAGAUCGAGCACAAGUGACCAAAUCGUCCGGCCGUAAUGCCGGAAAAAUCGAAAAUCAUCCAGAAUAUACCCUUCUCCCUUUCACACCCCCGGGAGCCCCGCCAAAGAUGACUUCCCUAAGCCAUCGUGGCCAGGUUUUCUAUUUUUCGCCGGAAUCAUUAGCAGCACUGAAGGAAGAGGCAUCUCCAAACAAUGCGACCGAGCCGUCGGAUCAGAAAUGGAUUUCAACCAAUGAUGCUAUUGCGGCGUUACUUUGGCGUACAGUUAUGGCAGUACAAUCACCGCUAGAGACUCUCGAGGGUGAUCCUGUAUCCGUUUACAACAUUGCGAUCGAUGGACGACAACGCACAGAUCCGACGUUGCAUCCAGAGACUUUAGGAUGCUUCCUGGAGUAUGUUUCAAUCUCGGCGCCCGUCCGAGAAAUGCUUAGUACGCUGAAUUUGGCCGAUCUGGCGACGAAGAUUCGCAAGGCAAUCCUGGGGGCCAACGAGCAGUUCACGGAUGAUGUGGUAGCUCUUGUAGAGCAGCUUGAGGACGUGGAUCGGCUGGCGCCUACCGCUUUUCUGGACGUUCCCGGCUUCAACUGCGUGCUAACCUCAUGGGUGAACUUCAAACUGUACGGGUUGGAAUGGGGACCAUUGCUGGGGAACAAUAUCGAGGCUGUACGAGUGCCCCAUGUCGGUUGCAUCAACGGUUGUCAAGUCGUGCUCCCAGUGUUGCCAAAUGGUGGCAUGGAAAUUCUGGUCGGCGUGGAAGGGAGCUCCUUGGACGCACUGCUGAAUGACCCCUUGUUCACGAAAUAUGGUGUCGCCCGGUAG